AUGAGUUGCCUUGAUGCCUCCACCGAGGACCGCGGAAUGUCGGUCCAAUUUGGCGGAUCGUCUGCGAGCUCGUCCUCGCACUGCGGCGGAUCGACGUCCUCGUCAUUAAGGACAAGUUGUAGUGCUCGAAGUAGGAUGACCACGCAAUCGCAAAUAAAAACUCCGGGCGUAGCGUCCUCGUCGGCCAAAGGACCCGCUCGUAUUGACCAGAGCAUGGUGCGGACCAGGCGGGAAAAAAUAAGACGAGGAGUCCGCGAAGACCGGAGGGCAGGCGCACGUCGGGCGGGGAGCGUGAUCUCAGUUUCCGACACGAAGAACACUAGCUCUAGCACGGCGAGCUCGAGACCCUACCGUCGACGGAUCUUUGCCGGGUGCGUCGCGCCUCUAGUUGCUUCAGGUGCCCUUUUGAACAAAAAACACGCAGGCUCGGGCGCGUCUCUGUGUCCUGCGGAAGAGGGCAUCUGCGUCAUAGAUCCCGAAAGCAGCAAGGUGGUAUUUUCGGCGCCAAAAUGUGGAGCCUUCGGCGUGCAGUCCAAGUACACGAUCCCCACGACUGGCGGCAGGUAAGACUCACUAGCAUGAAAAGUGAAUGUUGGUGAUGAUUGCUGCUAUGAAAAGUGAAUGUUGGUGGUCCAUGUAGGUCAAAGAUGAUUGCUGCUAUCAUGCCUACCACGGCGCGGGCCAAUAUUUAUACAAACGGAUCUUCAAGAACAAAUAAGCGAUAGCGAAGGAACUACGAAGCGAGGGAAGACCUCCGCGAGCUUGACGUGCGGAAAAUAUGUGAUUGAAGAUAAAAACAACAACGCAGCUCCGUCAGUAGUUUCGCAGAGGUGAUACCCGAGCCUGGUCAUUUACUGCUCGAAGCCCGCACGUGUGACGCGUCGCACAGCUCCGAUGCCUCCGCAGGAGAGUUGGUCAGUGCAGCGGCUCAAGGGAGUGGUGGCACAGCAACUUCCUCCGAGCUUGUCGCGGACGGCUUACCGGUCCUGAGUGGCUGUGCGUUUGCCAACUUGGAUAAGCAGCUCCUGUACAACAAUCACCACCUGACGCUCCAAGGGUGUACUCCCAACAACGCUGCUAUGGAAGCGUCAGGUUUGAAAUCGUCAAAGUUGAAAUAAUUUGUAAUGCAUAAAAUGCAUGACCUGAGGCACGUGCGUUGCAGAGUAGGCAAGUGAGGCCGAUUGUAAGCCUGUUUGGGGUUACAGCUCGAGCUGCUGAAGUAGGAUGAGGAAAUCGCUCUUCUUUGCCUAAACAGCAUGACAAAGUGGAUUUAGGGACCACCGAAGUUUGUCUUGCGCCACUUGGAAACUGGGUCCCAACUCGCAUCCAUUUUAUGCAUGGCAAAUUAUUUCAACUUUGUCGAUUUCAACUCUUACACAUCCAUAGCUGCCCCGAAAAGCCACACCGCCCAGUCCUCUACUAGCCUGGGCGCUCUGGCACUGCUUGAAAAAGAACACGGAGAGAUUUCUAGGAGAAAGGGGGAGAAUCACUAUUUUGCGGCGUCACACCGACCCAGCGCACCAAUGACCAUUAGUUACCUGCAAACUUCGAAACAAAAUCCCGCAGAUGCGCCACAGCAGGUUUCUCUUUUUUAUUUUUGAUUCAAGGCCAGAUAAGCAUCAGGAUUAUAGCUGCCGCUUAUUCCUCGUUGCCGAAAGAACUGUUUUGACUUUAGUACCUGUAGCUUGCUGGUGGUCUCUUGUCAGCUCCAGAUCCACUGUUUCUCUCCUCCUCCGCAGACUUGUAAUGCAUUCAACUACCAAGGUCGUCUUCAAGGCACAAGGCUGCAAAAUGUUUAUCACUUUCGUGGGCGGCGUAACAUCUGCAGUGGAAAACCUUGGAAAUUCAACAGUUGAGGUAAAUUCUGGUAGGAUUUUCAUUCUCGUUUGGUUGAUGCCACGGUUUCCUCAGUGGCUUUGGCGCUUCUAGUUGUAGUUGUGCGUAGUUGCUUCAGAUUGUUAUUUGAUAUCAUGAGACCUCCGAAAGAACCUUCGCUCUUCUUGUACGUAGUGGUAUCGAUAGAUGAUCUUGACAACCAACAUCAACCAACAUUUACAAUUGAGGACGACACUUUCGUUCGCAAAGAGCAGAAUGUUGCGGCCUCGCAGUUAUACACCCAUGUACUGGUGUAGUCGUGAUCAGCUAUUGAAUAUAAUCAGGUGAAGAACUGUGCUCGCACCGGACAUCAGAUGGACCAGUAUGGCAUUCUGGUGUCCGGCAUCAACUGCGAGGCUAUUGACCUGCAAACGCCAGAGCAGGCAAACGUGCGCACGGAGGGCAACUUCACGCUGACGCAAUGCCAGAAAACCAGCGUGCUGCAGGGUCCAGACGUGGACAUCACCGCCAACCCUGCUGUAGCAGCUGCAGCCGCCGGAGCCGCCGGAGCAGCGGCAGCCGCGGGUGGUGGAACGCCCACACCAGCUGCAGGCGGUGGUGGACCGGCGCUACCGACACUGAAGCAGGAGCCCGUUGUGAUGAGCAAUCCGGGCGGCGUGGUUGCGGUGCCGAGUCGCGAGCUGCCACCGCGGGAGGCGCCUGCUGGGGACCACCAGGAGGUCGCGCGGGGAACUCCGGUACCAACGCCCUCGUCCGGCGCGUCGUCGUCCGCGGCGACAACUAGCAGUGCCGUCGUGCCAACUGCUGCUACUUCAGCGACGCAGCGGACUAGGACACAGGGAAAGGAGAUCGCCGCAGACGAGCUGAAGAAAGUUGUCGAGAGUGCGGCCGAGGAACUCAUGAAAGCAGCCCCAAGGAAGAAGGAAAGUACAACUUAUUUUUGAUGCGACAAUCGUUGCAUUUCUAAUUAUUCCAAUUUCACGGUCAGGCUCAGGAGGUGGAUUGUCUGCUAAACAAAAAAUGCAGCUGCGUCCAAAGAUUUUUUAUCGCCUUGGUCUCUUGUCAGGUGGAAGUGGAACGGCAGUGGCGACAAGCUUUCUGCAAGAGCAAAUGUUAGCUUCGGGGACAGCAGCACCAUCACUAGGCGCACCGCAACCACUCGGGGCUGAUGUGGGGUAUUGAAUGUCACUAAGUUUCAUGUUUGGACGAACUUAUCUGCAUUUUUACAUCAUAGGCUCCGCUCUGCAGAGAGCGACACUUAUAACAUCACUAGCCGAAGAAAAAUUGCAAGAGAGAUGGCGCGCAACAAGCAGAUGACUAGAGUCAAUCGCAGAUCAUUUUUUUUUCGGAAAGUUCCGGGUCAGUUCUAAAAUGAAGUUGUACAGGAUGAGUGUAUGCCUUCUGAACGCAUUUCCAUGUCGCGUCAAUAGUUUCACACGCAACGUCGCCUCGCUGCUCUCACUUCAACGAAUGUUUCAUGCCAUAUCACACGACAAGCAGAAGCACGGUCAAGUUUGAUUAGCUAUGGAUCUCUUCGAUAGUAAGAAUCAGAAUGAGGAUAUUACGACACAUGUUCAACAUGGUGCGCUCCAAGAGCAUGUAGCACGACAGAAAAAUCAGAAACAAGUACGAGGUGCCUCAGGGAUACUUUUCUCUGCUGGCGGAAGCAAGUCUAGACUCUUGACCUCUCUGGGCUUGCGUGGAGUUGGUCUGUUCUCCCCUCAUCGGGCCUCGCUUUCCUCUUACGAAGAAAAUAAGUACAAAUAGAACCGGGCCGGUUUUGGAGCACUUUGUGUUUGCUCGCCACAUUCUUAUUGACGAUCAUCCAAUUUAUUAUCUCAACCAAGAUCGUGCUUUCCUCUUGCUCACAGCUUCGUGUAGUACAAAAAAGUCUGUUGCUUUUCCCGUUCGACGUAUCUGUGCUUCUGUAGUGACUAUGAAUGGUACUUGGAGGACUUGGUUAGAAGUGUUGUCGUCUCAUUGAUUCCAGUAUGCUUGUUUUCGAAGUUUAGUAUGGUUUUUUUCUUGAUAAUCCAAUUUGUGUGCGCCUCGUUGCUCUUGCUCUCGUGGGUAGAAAAUGACGUGCGUCUUGAUUGUCUCACAAUCCUUGCUCCUUGUAACCUCCAAACGAACACGACAGACUCGUCGGCGCGGCGCUGCUUCAGAAUCUUCCGCAGUGGGAUCUGACGGAAAUUCGACGCACUUUGCAGGAGAUACGCCACGACGAUGCGCCUCCAUCAGCAACCGAUAGGUUGACUAGAAAAACACCAAGCACGACAACCUCGUAUAAUCCGGCGCGGGAAAUAAAAACGGCCGAGGCCAGCACCGGAAUUCCGAUACGGAGCGCGUUUAACAUUGCGAGCAGACAAAGCGACCCAGGCAAUGGGCAGAAAAAUAAGGACGUCGACCCUAUGGCCGGUGCGGCGUCGCAAAUGCACCGUCCCGGAGCGGAGCCGGUCGCUCCUUCAGCGGUAUCGAGUGCGCGGUCGCCUUCCGGCGCUGUUGUCACUUCCUUGCUGCAAGAGAUGGCCUUGCAACUCGCGGCCAUCGAUCGCACGAUGGAUCAGCGAACGCAGGGCGAAGCCGCAUCGGAGAGGACGGGAGCAGAGACCAAAGAGGUGACAUUCGCAGUAAAGAUCGGGAAUCGUGAUAGCGCGGCUAGUGGCACCGGUGAUAAUGAUCGCGACGAAACCACCGCAGCUGCGCCAACAGCCGCAAGCUUGGCAGAAAAAGCUCGAGAAAUACUGGCAGAGCGCCGAAGUCAAGAAAAUGGGAGAGAGGACGCCGACGCCGUCGAGGGUCGCAGUAGACUCGACGGGGCUAGUGACGACCAGGGAGAGGAACAAGCAGAUGGUAGCUCCAGCAAAACAAAUCAAGUACCACCUCCGCCAGGCGCACCGGCCGCACAACCGGGAGCAGGUACGCCCACGGGAACCCCGGGAGGUCUUCCACCGAUGCCGCCUCUGAGUGUUCCCUUGCCCAUGCCACCAGUGGCCGGGCUAGUUGGAAGCACGCAACAGCCACCGACGCAAAGCGGCUCACAACCAGCGCCUGCAGGGGCGGGCGGGCCGGGUGCUCCGGCGAGCGGCAACAGCGCACCGAGUCCGCCGAACACAAACGGCAACAGCAAACCCAAUCCGGAUUGUGACGACAAAGAACAGGACCCGGUGCCCGAUUUUUGCAAAAGCGCCGCACUGGUCACGAAUGCAAACGACAACGCGCAGACACCCCCGCAGACCGCACCAUCGGGCGAAAAUUGUGACGCAGCGCGCACGCGGUACCGCAAAGCAUUGGCUGAAGCGGGCACUGCGAUCGCUAACGCGGUUUGCCAGAACGGCAAGUUGUUCAAGACCGACGCGUUCAAGUACAGGUGCAACCAGAGUCCCUGCACCCAGGACGACGACGCGGUUUGCUGCGACGGCGAGACGUCGAACUUCAUGGACUUUGCGGUGAUGGACCAGACCAAAGGGAAAUUGGAUUUCAGCUCGGGGAAGUGCGGGUCGAUUACCGUCACGGGCGGGGACGUCAACCUGUCUGUGCCGAACCGCCCGGGCACGAAGGUGACCGCGUGGGACUGCCAGAGCACGGAGCACGACCCGUCUUCCGGGGGCACUGCACCGGACACGCUGGACAUCACUGUACGUGGCUGCACCAAGGUCGAAUCCGACCCGCCGGGAAUACGUAUUGCAAAAGCAUCGCAGUAGUACGAAAUUCGGAAGGAUGCUGUGUUUAUGGAUAGAAACUUGAACUGAAGAUGAAGAAGAAUUGGCCUUGUAUGAAAUACUGCUGCUUGUUAUGUGACUGCCGCUUGUCUUUGACAUGUACUGUCCCUGCAGCAAUUCAAAUUGCUACUAUACCAUUGAGCUCCUGUGCGAUUGCGGCAUUUUUGCAAUGCACAGGGGAACGACAACAACAAUUUGGUGGAGAGCAACGACGGGAAGCACACGGUGAACAUCAUGGCGAAGGCAUGCCAGGGCACUAAGAUCGUCAGCGAGCAGCGGGAGAAUACGGCGAACUGCAAGGAGGGCGACAACGUGAAUAGUGUGGCCUGCAGCAACAUGGGCCGCAGCCUGGGGUCAUCCUGCACCUGCAUGUGGCACGGAGUGGCGUACCCGGGCACAUACCAGGCAAACGUGUCCGGGCAGACCUUCGACGCCGCCGCCGCGCCGCCGAAGCCGGUUCUGGGGAUCAGCAAGGACCCGCUGGCGUGCGUCUGCGCCAUUACCGGCGACUUCGAUCCGAAGCCGUUGCCGGGAGACAUUACACCGUGGACGCCGACCGGGAUGGGCUACUGCACGGACGCGAAAAGUAGCCGGCUCUCUAUCGUGCCGUUUCCGCGGGCCUCGGAUAACAUUCUGGCCUGUCAGUACCUUUGCCAGAACGACGAGACUUGUACCGGGAUGGACUGGCGGGAGGGGUCGCGGGUCCAGACGGCCAUGUGCGCGCUCGUUCUGGAGAAAACGGCGCAAGGCGCGGCCACGCAGGCAGACGGGAACGCGGCGUCGAGCGUCAGCUGCUACGUACGCCCCGGCCAGACGGUGGCUGCGCCUCUGAUCCCAACUUCGGUGACAGCGACAACGACGGAUGCUGGUGCAGCCGGCGCAGCGGCCGCGGCUUCCGCGGGCACUUCUGCGCUUCUGCAGUUGCAAGGUACUGCUUUUGGAGGGCAGACGCCAGCGGGGGGAACGUCUUCCUCUUACAUGAAGAUCGGACUCGGAAACCGCCCGUGCCAGAGCGAGCAAGCGGGCGCCGAAGUCACCUUCAUUGACAAACCGGCGGCCAAGUCGCGGGACGAUUGCUUCGCGGAGUGCGACAAGAUGGGCGGCUCGUGUGUCGGCUUCGAGUGGUCCAUUCCGACCGGCAUCGCGGUGCCAUCCUCUCUGGUUGCAACGCAGUGCCGGCUCGUAUCUGCGCCAACCAGGCUCGCGACGCGCAGCGUGGAGGAGCCGGGCAGCGAAUUCUUCAAGGAGUGCUUCAUCAAGCCGAAAAACCCGAUCGAGUCCUACAAUGAGGUAGACAUAUGCAUGGAGUUUAUUCUGCAGCGGUUGCUUGUGUUUGUUGUACGUUCUUUUGAUGUUGCGCGAGUUGGAAUUGUUUAUGCGUUGGACAACAAAAUGAAAAUGCAUGAUCGUGAUUAAGAUCAUUGACGUAUCGACCUUCAUCCAGGUGGGGUCUGGUGCAUGCAAAUCCGGUAGCGCGCCUUCGGAAGGCGGCGCAGCGCUGCAAGCCAGCCCGAUGGGCUCCGGUCUCAGUUACUCCAAUUGCGCGUUCCUUUGCCAAGGCGAGGCCCAGAGCGGUGGCGGUUGUCAGGGAUUUGCAUACGAUUUUGUGCAGUGGACGUGCACGUUGUAUUCUGGUGCAUCAGCAUUGAUCGCGGCGGGAGACGCAGGAAUCAGCGACCUCUCCUACUCAAAACCCUUCUGCUACUCGAGCCUCGUAGUUGUGACGGCUAGUCCCGCAGCAGCAGCAGCAACCGCCGCGGCUCAGCAGUUGGCAACCACGCAAGCACCGACUGGCGCAGCAGUUGCCAGUGGCGCAUUAGCGCCGACAGGAGCAGCUGGCGCUGCCGCACCAGGUCAACCACCCGUUGCUGCUGUGCCACCGGCCGCUGUUGCGGGUGUUCCACCAGCCGCCGCGCCACCUACGCCCGCAUCUCCAGCAGGAGCAGCAGCCUCUUCCGUCCCUCCUGCCACACCACCAGGCACGGUGCCACCAGCAGCCACGGCGCCAGCUUCUGCCAUUAAGGCACUACAGGACGCCGGAAUCAUCCCUCCAGGCCUAGACGCGCAGGGCAUUGCAGAUAUUUUGGCAAAAGUUUCGAAUGGCGCAAUCGCGAGCGGAGCUGCACCACCCGGUGGAGUUCCCGCACAGCCUGGCAAUUCUUCGCAGAGCACAGUUGCGCCUCCGGGCGGCGUACCGGGUGGAGUUCUCCCGAGCCAGAACGCAACAAUAACAGGAACAGCCACGACGACAGGGCCAGCGCUGCAAGGUAGUUCCGGCGCAUCGGCAUCAACAAGCGCGCCACCUGGGGCUGCUGGUGGUGCGGCCACUACCGUCGCACCAGGAGGAACGGCACCGCCAGGGUCAUCAUCAAACACCACAGCAGGUAGCAGCACGGGCGUGGCACCAGCUGCAAAUGCCAGUGCAGCAGGAGCAGUAGUUCCGGCAACUUCUGCCGCUGCUGCCAAUGCAACUUCCACGACCACAGGAGCAGGAGCAGCCGCUGGUGCGGGUAAUACCUCAGCCACGACCGCCGGAGGAAAUGCAAAUGUUACUGCCACGACGGCAGCGCCGCCGGCCGGCGGCGCUGUAAGCGGUACUAGUAACGCAACCGUUGAUGCCAACAGCACCAGCCCCAGCAGCAAGAGCGCCGCACUCCUCGUGCGAGAAAGUCGGGAAGAGGACGGGGAGUUCCUCUCCACACCGAGUGGGCAGCAGGCAGACCGAAUCUAUGAGGAAGAAGGCAAGGACGAGCAAAAUCUACCCGCAGACGAGGAGUUCGAGGGUCCCUCAUCAUCGAACCGGGCGUUUCUUUCCGACGUGGCGGAGGACGGGUCCGAAUUGCCGCCGCCAGAAGAAGACCAGGAAAGGCCGCCCGCCCUGGGUGAUUCGGUGAUGCUGAGCGAACAGGGAGCGGAAUCAGAGGACGUCCCAAGUGCUGAUUUUCAAGACCAUCAGUGGUUCGGCUCCGACGACGGCGUGGGCGACUCGUUGGGAGAGUUCCCCGACAUACCCGCAUCCGCGGCUUUCAUUCAACAGCGAACUACCGCCAGAUCCGCGGCGGAGGUGGAACAGCAGAGACCCCCGCGGGGACGUGGUUUUCGUGAUGUUGAUGACAAUGAGUGGGCGUACGCGGACGCGGAGGCGCAACGAGAAAAGGAUCAAGCGCUAGAGGCAGCAGAUGCCCCGCCGACGCUCAGUAGCAUCUUUGCCAAGUCGGAGCAGGUAAAUCUCCAGGAACGGGCGCAGCUUCUGCGAGACAUGCCCAGUGACGAAGCAUAG